AUGACUUAUCCAAGAGACCAGCAGUUCAACAAAUCGAACUUCAACAACCGUGGCGGUGACUUCCGUGGCGGCAGAGGUUCCGACAGAAACUCGUACAACCGGUCCAACGAGGGUGGCAGAGGUUUCCAGAGCUACAGGUCUGCUCCCUCUCAACCACAGGAACUGAUUAGACCAAACUGGGAUGUCGAGAUGGCAAACCUCCCAGCUUUUGAAAAAAACUUCUACGUUGAGCACGAAACUGUCAGAGACAGGUCCGAUGCCGAGGUGGAAGCUUUCAGAAAGGAGAACCAGAUGACCAUCACUGGUCACGAUAUCCCCAAGCCAAUCACCACUUUUGACGAGGCUGGGUUCCCAGAUUACGUCUUGACCGAGGUCAAGGCGGAAGGUUUCGACAAGCCCACUGGUAUCCAGUGCCAAGGGUGGCCUAUGGCUUUGUCCGGUAGGGACAUGGUCGGUAUCGCUGCCACUGGGUCCGGUAAGACGCUGUCCUACUGUCUACCCGGGAUCGUACACAUCAACGCCCAGGCGUUGCUACAACCCGGUGACGGUCCAAUUGUCUUGGUGCUAGCACCAACGAGAGAAUUGGCCGUCCAGAUUCAAAAGGAGUGUUCCAAGUUUGGUCAUUCCUCGAGGAUCAGAAACACGUGUGUCUACGGUGGUGUUCCUCGUGGCCAGCAGAUCAGAGACUUGAACCGUGGGUCCGAGAUUGUCAUCGCUACCCCAGGUAGACUGAUCGACAUGUUGGAGCUUGGUAAGACCAACUUGAAGAGAGUCACUUACUUGGUGUUGGAUGAAGCCGACAGAAUGUUGGAUAUGGGGUUCGAACCUCAAAUCAGGAAAAUUGUGGACCAAAUCAGACCAGACAGACAGACGCUUAUGUGGUCUGCGACCUGGCCUAAGGAGGUCAAGCAAUUGGCCGCUGACUACCUGUCCGACCCAAUCCAAGUCCAAAUUGGUUCCCUAGAGUUGGCUGCCUCCCACACCAUCACGCAACGUGUCGAAGUUGUUUCCGGCUUCGAAAAGAGAGACCGUCUUGCGAAGCACGUCGAGACCGCUUCCCAAAACCCGGAAUCCAAGAUCCUGGUGUUUGCUUCCACAAAGAGAAUGUGUGACGACAUCACCAAGUAUCUAAGAGAGGACGGGUGGCCUGCUCUUGCCAUUCACGGUGACAAGGACCAGAGAGAGCGUGACUGGGUUUUGAACGAGUUCAGAACCGGUAGAUCCCCAAUUAUGGUUGCCACUGAUGUGGCCGCCAGAGGUAUUGAUGAUUGA